GUCGAGUAAAGCUACAGUCCAGUCCAGUCGAUUCGUUCUGCCGACGGCCAGUGUCUACAGCAGGCGUAAUCUCCUCCGCCGGACCGGGCUCCACACUCUGCCAACACUCGCUCCUCCGGCUCGCUACUCGCGAUCCGACUGCGUGUGUGCGUGCGCUCUUAGAGGUUCCGAAGUUCCUGCAGUCGACGUUCAGAAUGCGUAUUCAGAAGUCAGAGCACUAGUCGAUUAGUAGAAGAGGCUACGCCCACAGACUGAAAAGGCUGCAUUCGCGUUUGCUGCAAAGACUGUGCCUUUGUUCCAGCCGUAAAUACAGUAAUUCCUAUUCGUCCUGCUGCGGCCGGUCAGAGGCACACUCGACGAAACUGCUUUCUUUCCAGCGCCGUCGCGCUGCAGACGGCAGGAAAUUGCGAAGCAGCCACGCAUGUUGUCGACCCUCGAGUUUCCCGCUGUGGAGCCCGGCCGGCCGGCGGUGGCGGCGCCCUUGAAGUUUGCCCGUAAAGUGUAGGAGGAGGGCGACCCCUGGAUGAGCAGCACGCGCAUGCAGCCAUCGUGACGGCCACAGCUGGGGCGACACCCGCGGUCGCCAUGGCGGCCAACCAGAUAGCGCAGGUGAUUGCGUUCAUCUGCGGCCUCAUCGUGGUAAUCUUGAUGAUAAUGGCACUUGCAUCAACAGAUUGGUUGAUGGCAGAGGGUUGGCGUCAAGGACUCUUUAUGCACUGUAUUGGUGAGAAGGCGCCUACACCACUUCCGUUUAAUGUAGUGGACCAACCAGCCUGUUACCAAGCACGAAGUGUCGUGUACAUCCAGGCAUCUGCAGCUCUUUGUGUUAUCACACUGCUGACAGACGUUGUAGCUACACUCCUGACAGGUCUUGGUCUGCGGAGUAAAGACCACCGCACCAAGUACAAGUAUUACAGGAUUGCAGUGUAUGUGAUGGUGCUUUCUUUAAUAUCCAUUCUCAUUGCCUUGGUGGUUUACCCAGUAUUCUUUGCUGCUGAAUUAAAUGAAGGUAAUCGCACUGUGUGGGAGUUUGGAUGGGCGUAUGGUGUUGGCUGGGGAGCAGCCAUUUUCCUGUUCGGGGGUGUUAUUCUGCUGCUUUGUGACAAGGAGUCAGAGGAGAUAUACUACAAGGAGCGAAAAAUAGUGCACGACAACGACUCGCGAGCCUAGUGUCCGCCACCCCUGCCCGAUGUCGUGCUUUGAACGUAAAAAUUGCUGAAGAGGCCGUGGAUGGUCAGAGCAUAGAGUUGCAGGAUUCUGGAAUUGUCUGGUUGGUUUAAAAACCAAAAAAGUGAAUAAGUUUGUGAGAGAGAUACUUGUCUGUUCUUAUAGAUACAUUUAUCACCUUCAGUUAGAUCUGUUAAUACUUCAUACAUAUAACCAACAUAAAUUUCAUUGCAGUUAUUUAGGAAGGUUGAAUACAUAUUCUUCACAAAUUAAGGAAAAAAGAAAUCUUACCAGUUCCUUUACUAUGAUGACAAAAUAUACAGUACAUCAGUAGGAUGUCCAGUUUUAACAUUUAAUUUUGGAAUUAAAAAUUCCACUUUCCUUUCUAAACCUGGUUGGUAUAUUGUGCAUCAGGAAUCCUGCAGUUAUGAUCUGGCCUCCACAAUGUGGGACACUGUGGAUAUCACAGUCAGUAGUUGGCUUUUUUGGACAAAUACUGCAGUCUCUGGUUUCAAAGUAAAACAGGAUGGAUGUUGUGGAUGAGUGAGGCUGCCAGUUGUAUGUCUGUGCUAAUGGUUUCUUUCUGUUUCAUGUAGAAAACCCUAUUUGUGUGAAACGUGAUGCAUGCAUGUAUACUUCCCACAUCAGUCUCUAAAGCAUUUAUUAUACAAAAAUGGUUGUAAAAUUUUGUAUUUUAAGUCCAGUAAUUAUUUGGUUCCUCUUUUGCUCUAAAAGUUUACGUUUCUCAUAUUAUGAAAUUUUGAUCAUUUUCUGCCAUAUAACUGUGUUGUUUUAAAGUACAGCUAAUUUAAACAGUUAAACAUCAUUACUAACCAUUAUAUAGAGUUACACUUCAUUACUUCAGGCAAUGUUGUUAGUACUAGUGUGUUGGCUAUCCUUUUUUAAUUUUUAUGUUAGCAUACCGCUUUCCUUUUUUCCUCCGUGGAUCUGUGGACCAAAUUGAUUUGGCUCCUGCAUAAAGUUCACUGAAUGAAAUAGUCAUUGUUUUCCAGCUUUUUGCCCUUUUUUGUUGCUGGCAAGUAUGGUAGAACAAUGGUGUGCUAGAGAGAGAGAGAGAGAGAGAGAGAGAGAGAGAGAGAGAGAGAGAGAAUGUGUGUCCGUCUAAAUGUGUAUGUGUGUAUUUGUGUGAGGUAGUUACGGCUCGGGCAGGAAAGGUGUGCACUUAAACAGAAGUGAACUUACAAACUGGUGAUGCAUGAAUUCAACGAACAUAGAUUAUAUGUAUUUUCAUAGAGAAACAAUGAAAAAUUCUCAUGUGACUACCAUAUGCACAUUUUACAGCCACAGAGUGGGAUCAGAUGCUUGGAAGUUCUUUAGGAAGACAAAGGUUUUUAAUAUGGAUUUUAUAGAGCAGGACAAUGUUUUACAAGAACACACAUUUUUAUAACAGAACAACUCGCUUAACACCAAUGACUAACAUUAAUGUUUUAGCUGCAGCAUCUAUUCAUGUGCAGAUAAGGAGUGAGUGUGUGUGUUUUCUACUUGUUGGUAACUUUACUCUUUAUAUUGAUGUAUUCAUCUUCUUGUAAUUGUUUUGCGCAGUUCCUGUUUAGUAUGAAGAUUUCUGAACUGUUAAUUUUAAAGUGGAUAACAUACUCAAGUUUAAGAAACUGCCACAUUGGGAAGAAAUUAUGUCAGAAUAUAAGUCUGUAUUGAGACUGUCUUUCUUUUUUUUGUACAUAGUGUAAAAUCUUGUAAAUGAAUACUAUCAUAAAUAAUGAUCAUUAACAUCACAUAAUUUUAAUUUACACAGUGGUUUGCUUGUAAUUACAUUUUUACUGUAUUGAUGUACAUUUGGGCAUAUAGCAAAUUUCCGUUUUAAAGUUCAAGUACAGAGUUUAUCAUCUCUGUGGUAUUUGUUUGUUCACUACUUCCUUUAGAUAAUAUAUAUUCAUACAAUUAUUUUUAGGUAACUUCUCACAGAAACAGCAUUGCCAAGGAAAAAAGCCUGUGAAAGUUUCUCAUAGCAUUACUCCAUUCAUUCUGUCACAAUAGAAGUCUAUAACUUCUUGAUAGUUCAUUUUUAACCAUUUGUUAACCAUUCACUCACUGGACUUUCCUUCAAUGAUUUGUAUAUAAAAUAUUAAAUUUAUUUGCUGAACUUUUAUCUUUGAACAGAAUGUUGCCUGUAUCUAUAAUAUGGUUGAUAAAUUUUGUAAAUAUGUGUGUUGUAUAGUAAACAUAGAAAUUUAUGAAUUGUGGAUUUAAUUUAAGAAAUGUGUAAAUGUAUAUGAUAUUCUAUAUAUGUAACUUGAAGAUGGUAUGGUAUUAUUUACCAGAUAAAAACAAAUAAUUAGUGCUUCACGCAUAUAUUUUCUUCCUAAUUUAAAAAGACACAAACAGUUACCUAUUUCAGAUGCUUGUAAAUGUCAAAUAUUGACUCACUUCAUUUAAUUAAUUUUGAGUUUUAGAAUUAAUGCAGUAAUAGCUGAACUAAUGUAGGGAUCGCUAUAGAUGAGGAUCACUGCUAGGUUUGGAAUGAGAGCAGGUAACAGGAUUCACCCUGCAUGCAUGUUACCAUCAGUGAGAUUUUCUAUUAUAAGUUCAUUGAAUUGAAAUUCAUGUACGUUCUAUGACACUAAUUAACAUAUAGAGCUGAUAAGGCAGCCAGGAGCAACAAAUUCCUUAUGUUCCAUCAUUUCUUAUUUAUCUCUCUCUAUCUCUCUGUACAUAUAUAUAACAAUGAGAACAAUCAAUUAUUGACAGAAUUCUUGAACAGAUUGUUAUGUGAAAAAUUCCUGAGAAUCAGGUAUAUGUCAGGAGGUAUGCAUACAGAAUGUAUGUUUUUGUAUUACAUUAUAAUAACUUUUCACUUUACAGAAUUAUCUUGAACUUAAUGAAAUCACUGAAUGCCAUUUCAUGCACUAUUCGUCAUGAACACUACACUUAAAAGUUAUUUAAUUUUUAUGUUAACAUAGUUCAUUUUAAUUAUAGAUUUCCGUAGUUGGCAGCUCCCUCUAGUCAGCCUUUUGUAGUGAUAAUUUAUUAAAAAACAAGUAUAUAUCAACUGGCCUGUUGAAAGAAUAUUGAAUCAUCUUCACAGAGAAAUUUGUUUAAACUUUAUUGUUCCUCUUUUUAACUUUAUUGUUCCCCCUUUUUUAGUCAGUUUCAGAUUGAUAAAAUUGUAAGAUAACUCAAAGAAUACAUUUUUCUGUGAGGCUUUAGUGUGCAUGGGUAACAAUAUUACAUCACAUAUGAAAUCAGAAUUGUCCUCAUUGUCAUUUAAUGGCAGUUACUAAUUGUGUCAAGACUGCAUAAUUCAAACCUGCUGAUGUUUGCAACAGGUUUUGUUGGUAAGCAUAAGUAAAUGUAGUUAAACAUCACACUAACCGUUAACUUGACUGUUGUACAGAAACAUCUUGUGUGUUUGUGUGUUUGUGUGUAUAUAUAAAAUACAUAUAUAGACACUGGAAUUCAGUGCAGAACAGUUUUGCAGACAUGGUAACUCCAGGUAAUUACUCCAGGGAAAUGUGUACUGAGGAAACACAAGCCAAUAAACUAUGUGUACCAGUCACAACUGUCCCAAAUGUGUGUGUCUAGAAAGAGUGUGUGUAUAAACUGUGAAACUUAAAUUUUAAAAAUGAUAUGCAGUUUAAUACUGAAGAGACUACUGCCUUCAAACUUCUUGUAUUCAUUGAAAUGCAUUAUUUUGUUGUUGAUUUUAAAGUUGGCUUUUUCCCAUGUGUGUGUGACUUCAGUGAUUGGUUGUUAAAGUAGAUAUAUGGAUCAGGAUUGUUAAACUAAAAGUAUUUUCUUCCAGUCAGUGCUGUUUCAGUACUUGGGCAAUAUACGGGCUAGAGAAACUGUCAGUGUACAUAGUUUUGAAAUAAAAGUUAUGAGAAUACAUAA